UUUGCCACCAAACUGAUCCAGAACAAUCACUACGCCAAAGAAGAUGUGGCCACUCGCAGAGAUGCACUGCUGACCAGACGCAACGCUCUUCACGAGCGCGCUCAGUCUCGCCGUGCCGCCCUGGAGGACUCUUUCCAUCUGCAGCAGUUCUUCCGGGACUCUGAUGAGCUCAAGAGCUGGAUCAAUGAGAAGAUGAAGACUGCCACUGAUGAGGCCUACAAGGACCCAUCCAACCUGCAGGGGAAGGUGCAGAAGCACCAGGCCUUCGAAGCUGAGCUUUCUGCCAAUCAGAGCCGCAUUGAUGCACUGCAGAAGUCAGGCCAGGAGCUGAUUGAUAGGAAACACUACGCCUCCAGCGAGGUGUCCACCCGAAUGGAUGAGAUCAGCUCUCAGUGGAAGAAACUUCUAGAGUCAACUGAACUCAAAG